UUUCCAAGUCCGCGUCUUCCGACCAAACUUAACCAAACCCACACACUUUCUGCAAAAAAAUCUGUGAACUUAGGUUACCAAUUUUUUUUAGCUUUCCAUUUUAAUCCUUAACCAUGAUCUCCUUCUUCAAUCUCUAAUUCUCAUAAUAUAUUUUUUUUAAAUUCGGAAAAAAUGGCUCGUUUAUUGACUCUGCUCUUCAUUUUCUCUCUGUUUCUCAACCUUUCCUAUUCCAAAACUCUCAAACGCGACGUUAAAGCAUUGAAUGAAAUAAAGGCGUCAUUAGGGUGGAGAGUGGUGUACGCUUGGGUCGGUGACGAUCCCUGCGGUGACGGAAGCCUGCCGCCAUGGUCUGGCGUCACCUGUUCCCUCCUGGGUGACUAUAGAGUUGUCACCGAGCUGGAAGUUUAUGCAGUGUCAAUCGUGGGGCCAUUUCCUGUUGCAGUGACAAAUUUGCUUGAUCUUACACGACUUGAUCUGCAUAAUAACAAGCUAACUGGACCGAUUCCACCUCAAAUUGGACGGCUCAAACGUCUCAAAAUACUUAAUUUGAGGUGGAAUAAGCUACAAGAUGUUCUUCCUGCUGAAAUUGGCGAACUGAAGAGUCUAACACAUUUGUAUCUGAGCUUUAAUAAUUUGAAAGGGGAAAUCCCCAAGGAGCUUGCAACUCUACCAGAGCUUCGCUACCUACAUCUACAUCAAAACCGUUUUUCAGGGCGUAUUCCAGCAGAGCUGGGCACUUUGGAGAAACUUCAGCACUUGGAUGUUGGGAACAAUCAUUUGGUAGGCACUAUAAAACAACUCAUAAGCAUUGAUGGUUGCUUCCCUUCACUUCGGAACCUGUACCUAAAUAAUAAUUACUUAACAGGAGGAAUUCCAGCACAGCUAGCAAGCUUGACCAACUUGGAAAUCUUGUACCUAUCCUAUAACAAACUGUCUGGAGUAAUACCAUCUGAAGUUGCUCAUCUCCCUCGGUUGACUUCGUUGCAUUUAGAUCACAAUCAAUUUGCAGGAAGAAUUCCUGAAGCACUCUAUAAACAUCCCUUCUUGAAAGAAAUGUACAUUGAAGGAAAUUCAUUCCGGGCAGGAGUAAACCCAAUCGGUGUCCACAAAGUCCUGGAACUUACCGACUCAGAGUUCCUAGUUUAGUCAAAGCAGCAAUAUAGUAUUCUUUAUUGUUAUAUCAAUUUUGGAAAUUUUGAUUAUAUUUGCCAAGACAGUGAUUCAUCCAAUUCUCUGGCAAUGGAAAUCUUAAGUUUUACCCACUUCUUGUCAUGUAUUUACUGAAUGAUGGCUUUGAGAAUAAGAUUAAUGAGCUAAUUGUAAAUAU